GCAGAGGCGAGGGAAACCUCAAAGUAAAGUGCAAAGUCUAAAAAUCAGCACUGCAGGCUGUAGUUUACUUCGUUAGGUUGGAAACUGGUUCGUACUGUCUGUUUCCACUGUACCGGGCACUUGUGACUUCUUCCGACUAACCAGCAGCUCCCAGACGUCAUUCCUCCACUCCUCCUCGGGCAGAACCAGCCAGCCGACCCGGGUCAGCACUGCUCCAGUCCGGGGCCCGAGCCCGCUACAGACCCGCUCUGUCCUAGCCGCUCAACAUGGCAGGGGCCGGCGGUGGGAGCAGUGAUGUGCAGUGGUGCUUUUCUCAAGUCAAAGGAGCCAUAGAUGACGAUGUUGCUGAAGCUGACAUCAUAUCUACUGUUGAAUUCAACCACUCUGGGGAGCUACUAGCCACUGGGGACAAGGGGGGCCGUGUUGUCAUCUUUCAACAGGAGCCAGAGAGUAAGAAUCAGCCGCAGUGCUCUGGAGAGUACAAUGUUUACAGCACCUUCCAGAGCCACGAGCCUGAGUUUGACUACCUGAAAAGCCUCGAGAUUGAAGAGAAGAUCAACAAGAUUCGAUGGUUGCCUCAGAAGAAUGCAGCACAGUUCCUUUUGUCUACAAAUGACAAAACCAUAAAGCUGUGGAAAAUUAGUGAGCGUGACAAGAGACCUGAGGGCUACAACUUGAAGGAAGAAGAUGGCCGAUACAGAGAUCCAAAUUCAGUCACAGCAUUACGGGUACCAGUAUUCAGACCCAUGGAUUUGAUGGUGGAGGCCAGCCCCAGACGAGUGUUUGCAAACGCUCACACCUACCAUAUCAACUCCAUCUCAGUCAACAGUGACUGUGAGACCUACCUGUCUGCAGAUGACCUUCGUGUUAACCUCUGGCAUUUGGAGAUCACUGACCGCAGCUUUAAUAUUGUUGACAUCAAGCCAGCUAAUAUGGAGGAUUUGACAGAAGUGAUCACAGCAGCAGAGUUUCACCCCAACCAGUGCAACACUUUUGUGUAUAGCAGCAGCAAGGGCUCCAUCCGUCUAUGUGACAUGAGGGCGUCAGCGUUGUGUGACAAGCAUGCCAAACUGUUUGAAGAACCAGAGGAUCCAAACAACCGCUCAUUCUUUUCUGAAAUCAUCUCAUCCAUUUCUGAUGUGAAGUUCAGCCACAGCGGUCGCUACAUGAUGACCCGCGACUACCUGUCUGUCAAAAUCUGGGAUCUCAACAUGGAGAGCCGACCUGUAGAGACGUAUCAGGUUCAUGAAUAUCUCAGAAGUAAGUUGUGUUCACUGUAUGAGAACGACUGCAUCUUCGACAAGUUUGAAUGCUGUUGGAAUGGGAACGACAGCGUUGUGAUGACCGGUUCCUACAACAACUUCUUCAGGAUGUUUGACAGAGGCUACCGGCAGGACGUGACUCUAGAGGCAUCGCGGGAGAACAGCAAACCACGGUCGGUGCUGAAACCUCGCAAAGUAAGCACAGGUGGGAAGCGCAAAAAGGAUGAAAUCAGUGUAGACAGUCUGGACUUUAACAAGAAGAUCCUCCACACUGCCUGGCAUCCUCUGGACAACAUCAUCGCUGUGGCCACCACCAACAAUCUGUACAUAUUCCAGGAAAAACUGAACUAGCAUUAGAUGAACCACUCAGAUCCCAGUUUCUGCUUUAGCCCCACUGCUCUGAUACCUGCAUUAAAAAAAAUCUGUCUUUGGCUAAAUCCUCAAGUCUGCACAAGAUCUGAUCGAUUAUUUUAGUAUUGAAUGUGACAAGCACACAGUAUAUCACUGCAGGCCAUCAGCAGGGUUUGUAGAUCUCAGUCCAGACUUUGGGAUUUGGUGUCAUAGUAGUCCUCCAGUAGGAGCUCUCCAUUUAUCCAACUGCAACUCCACUACAUCCCAAACCAAAGGGAAAAUGUGUUAAACACACAUAUUUGGCUAGUUUGUUUCUUCUUUUUUUUUCGUGCCAUCGUGACAUAAUUCAUCUGUAUGUCAUAGCUACUAAUUGUUAAAAGUUUUUGUAGCUACCAUAUUUUAUUAGUUUGAAUAGGAAAUUAUUUUUACUGUUUAUACAUCUUUCUGUCACAAAGUUCCUUUUUGUACUGGUCUGAAGCACUGCUAAUACGAGCUGUCAACACUCCAUAUUUGCCCCGAGUAUUUGUCAAGUUGCCAAGUUCACUCACCACUCCUAGUAGGUUUAUGCUGUUAUAAGGCCAUUCUAGUGUUUUCUCAUGUUUAGCUCAUUCUCUGCAAAAAAUGUGUUCUUUGCAUUACUGCCAACCUUUCUCCAUUGCAUACUCAUAUUUAUUAGAUUGUUUUCUUACCUUAAAGGCAGCCGCUGGUUUACAUGAAUUUCUUUACAGUAAGAAAAUCAACUUACAUUUUGUUCUCCUUGUAUUAAUCACUGUAAAUGUUUGGUGACAGUGUUGUUAUCCUCUGAUAUCUGACACUUUGAUGUAAACAGAAACCACUUUAUUUUCAAAGACAUAAUGAAAGCCAGUUUCAGUAUAUCCUUUUAAAACAUCCAUGUUUUAACAUUUUGGGUUAGUUUGUGUUAGAAUCACAAGUACAUCAGCAUCAGUUGUUUUUUUAAAAUCCUGCUCUCAGCUGCAUCAUCAUCAUCAACUGACAAAAUGUAUACAGAUAUAGAUAACUGAUCUCAAGGAAGUUCCAACACUGUAAGCUGAUUUUAAUAAUGUAUAGAAAUGGCUACUUUUUGGACAAUGUUGGCAGUAAUGAAUAUGUCAUUUUCUAGUUAAUGGGCGAGACCUGUGUAGGUCUUGAACAUACACAACAAGAACACAAGAAUGGCAUGCACGCACACACAUUCAGCAGGUUUGCGGUUUAGAGAGGUGAAUGGGAGCUAACCAUGCCAAAGUAACCAGUCCUCUACACUCAAGUUAUAAUCAUAUAAAGCUGUCUUGCAGAUGAGGUGCCCCUGGUCAGACUAAUGACCCUUGCACAUGUAUGGACCACCUUAAAAUGCUCAGGACAAAAGCUUAUUAUAUACGUGGAAGAGCGUGAUGUGGCCUAAUUCUCUCGUGGUCUGUGGUACCAAAGUUGAGUGCUGCUGCCAGCUUCCCCACAAAGCCCGUCGUGUUGUUGCUGAUUGAUCGAUCACUUUGCCCUUUGGUUCUAGAUUCUGUUUGUAGUUUUUUUUUGUUUUUUUUGUUUUUUAAUGACGUUUUGUACUGUACCUGAUAAAACAGAAGAAGAAUCACUUUAGCUGAUUUAUUUUUGUAUAAAUUAAGGCAAUUGGAUUACAGUCUGAUCACUGUAGUUUCUUUAGCUGUCUAUCUCGGACUGAUUGUAGAUGGAAUGUUGCCUGAUCAGGUGAUCUGUUUUUGUCGUAUGACUGCGUCGUGCCACUCGUUUUGGCAGGUGUUUGUUUGAAAGCUAGACUUUUUUUGUGACAUCGAAAGAAGUGUGUCGUUUCUGACGUGGGACGUCCAAAGACAAGUAUUUUCAGGUGUCAGUACCUCUGUAGUCAUAAGCACUAUAACAGUUUAUUUUUUUAAUUUGGCUGACUGUAACUGAUGUUGAUGUAGUACUUAUUUAGAUGCUUCAGAGUUAGAUUCUGAGUUCAUUUUGUUUCUUAACGUUCUGUUUUUGUGCCAUGGUUUUGUUUAUGAAUCAUUUUUGCUUGCUGUGAAAGAAUAGGCCCUUGUCGGCCUUAAUGGGAAAGGCAUUUUUAGUCAAACAUAAAAUUAACAAUCUUAAAACUGUCAAAUCAAGUUUUCUCUAAAGCUAGUUAAGUCAAUUGACUAGGCAGAGUUACUGAUUAUGAAUAAUUGUAUGAAAUGUUUUCUCUCUCCUGAAGCAGGUGUAGCUCACUUAUUGAUUUGUUUAUUUAAAAGGAGGAUUUGUGAAGCACUUGGUCUGCAGAUUGAUGUAUGGAAGCUGUCACUAAUGACUGCAGUGAACACGGGGAAGUACUUCGAAAAUUAAAUGUAUUGUUUCUCUGCUACGCUAUGCUUAAGUCACACCCUGCCAUUUCUCUUUUAGAGCAAACAGGUUGAUUAUAGCACAGGUUUUUUUUCUCCUCUUUCUGAAAAUACUGUUUAAUGACAUAAAGCCAUUGAAUCAGGGCAUGAAACUUACUGGUCCAUUGGAUCAUAUUCAUGUAAAAUUAAGGUGUCACUUUUACCUUAGACAACUGAUUUCCAAUCACUAGGACGCCACUAAAAUAACCAUCUCCACAAGGUGGUGUUAAGCUACUGUUGAGUGUCACUUCCUCAGGGCUCUGGGUAAUGUCCUCUAGUUAUGAGACACUUUUUUUUUCUUUUUUUUUUUCUAAUUUUGCAACCUUUUCCAAAGGCUUUUCUUUGUCUGAUGCAAGAAAAUGUGUCGUAUGUACAAGUAUAAACCUGCAUAAUGUGGAUCCUUUGACCCAUUCCACUGUCAAGCAUGAUCUAAUGUUUUAGUCACCAAACAAGAAGAUUUAUCCAUUGGACAAUAUGAGUUCAGUCUUGAGAUCAAACUUGUUCUGUUAUCCAUCCAAAAGAAGCUUUUAUUCAUGUCAAUGUUGAAAUAAUUUAGUAUACUUCUAAAGAUCUGUUGAAAGAUGUGAGAAAUGUGGGGAAAAAAACAAGAAUCUGUAUAAAAAUAGUAUUAGAUCAGAAUCUGCAAGUUUCCUUCCUGAAAAGUUUUGUGAAAUAAUGUUGAAAUCAACAUCUUUGAACUCACAGCAGAAAUGAUUAUCAGACUGUAUGAGUGUCAGACAUACAGUAACACAACAACAUUGAAAUCAUUCAUUCAAACAUAUUUACACAGUCACUGACAUUUGUAAAGACUAAAUGACUAACCAGUAAUCUUUUUCACUUUCCCCUCAUAUUGUCUUCAUAGCUACUGUUCAAGGCUGUGGUGAAAACCACAAAAAUGUUCAAAAGAACCCGGUUGCCUUUCUUAAAGCAUUAAGAAGAAAUAAGAUAAUCAAGUAUGUUUCUUGAACUUUCUGGCGUGCCAGACAGGAGACUGCUCAGGGGAAUUUACCGCUGCUCUGUGAUCAAAACCUUGUACCUUCAAGAAAGCAGCUUUUCGCGACUUUAUUAAAAAACUUCCUUAUUUCUACAACGGCUUUUGAAUUGGUUUCCUGAGCUUUGGGUUAACUAAAACAUCUACAUGAAAACUGUCUACGUUGGAGUUAUGAGGUUUUUCCACUUAGAGCAGCAUUAUAUACAUGUCUAAUGUAUCACAGGAGUUAAAACAAAAUGCACUUUUAUUUUUGUGAAUUUCAUUAAUUUGUAAAAGUAUGUUUUUUUGUUUUGUUUAUUUCUUUCAAGGGGCUCUUGAAUAAAGAUUGUAGGAGAGUUUUGGUGAUCUGUUUAGGGGGGAAAACUACAAAUGGUUCAUUGUACAGCUAUGUUUCUUUGUCAAAUGGAAUAAAGUACAAUUUAGAUGAAAAAUAAUAGAGAAUUUGAAACCUGAGUU